GUUGAAUAGCUUUCUCUCCAGUAAUGGGUUUAUCUCGUAUUUGCAAAGGAACCCUGCUGAAAUUUUCUGUACUGCGAAGCAUGGACCUUACUCGACUCAAUUCAUCUUUCCUCAGUCAUCCGGAUUUUGCACUGUUACGGGAUAUUACAGAUUGCUUUUUGCUGCGCUGUGUGACCAGAUUUUCCCACACAUAUUUGCAGUAGCUAGAAGUGGAUCUCCUGUCAGUUAUCGAUCCUGCCCAAUCAGCAUCAGUGAUAUUACUAAAAUAGGAUAUGUACCCAUUGUGGGAGGAAGAUAUAUACCAAGACAUCAAUCCUGCAUGUGUUAUUCCUCUCUCCCGGCCACUGAUGAGGACAUGGAUAAGGCCACUGGAAAAGAGACACUGGCAAAGAGCUUGGCCUGCCUUGUUGAGGAGUCUUCUCAUCCUGAUGAAAGAAAACCCAAGAGUCGCAUGGAGCUAAAGAGAUAUCUUGAACUUCGGAUAAAGAAGCGAGUGAAGGCACAAUAUGUGAAUGGGAAGUUCCAUGACCUAAUGGAGAAAGUGGUUGCCAGUCAAGCAACACUUCAGGAUGCUUAUAAUUGUAUUAGGCUUAACUCAACCCUUGAUAUACUGGUCGAUAAUGCCAAUAUCUCAUUUAACCACGUGGCAGAGGAGCUCUCUAGUGGGAAGUUUAAUGUGAGUGCUAAUACACGUUCUAUCUCACCAAGAGGUCCAAGGAAAGAAGUUCUUGUCCUUCCUAAUCUAAACCUAAAGGUUGUCCAAGAAGCCAUCAGAAUUGUUUUGGAAGUUGUGCCCAAACCUCACUUUUCUAAGAUUUCCCAUGGUUGCCGAAGUGGGAGGGGACAUACCACAGCAUUAAAGUUCAUCAGCAAAUAUAUAUCUGAUCCUGAUUGCAAGAAUGGUGAAUCAGUCCAGACCAUGCAAUUGCUUUGUUAUGGGUUGUUUGAGGUCUGCAGACUGUAUCUAUAG